AUGUACAGAUUUAGUGAUACUACUGUGGCUGGCGGAGUCAAGCCGCAUAAAUUAAUAGAUAACUAUUUUAUUAAUCAAAAUUAUUGUUAUAUAUUAAUUAUACCUGGUUUUGGUAUUAUUAGUACAGUUGUUUCUGCUAGUUCAAACAAAAAUGUAUUCGGUCAAGAUGGCCUUUUAAUUGUAAUAUUACAAUUAAUGCAACAAACUAUAUGCAGGGAAUUCAAGAAUUGUUAUAACAAUUCGCUAUUACAAAAUACUAAUAAUGUAAGAAAUAUUAUAUAUUCCUUUAUAGUAACAAUUUUUGUCGAUACUAGAGCAUAUUUCACUGCUGCAACAUUGAUCAUUGCCGUAAAGUUGGGUGCGGCAUGUCCUUCCGGGGAUGUGAAAAACUCACUAUAUGCUGGAAACUCCUAG